AUGGAUUUGGUUUUGGAGGUCUGUGACACUUACGUCUUUGAUUGGGUCUAUGAGAGGCUUCUUCCUACCUCGCUCUAUGGAACUGUUCCUGAAUCGUGGGCAAAACAGAUGGAUUUGAAUUCUGGAGUUCAAAACAUAACUGCUCUGUUGAAGUCUAUCAACACUGGUAAUGAGCACCGUACAUCUCCUGAGAGAUAUGGUCAUGUCCCAUAUUUGACCGAUAUGACAGCUGCUACUUUUGGUUCUCUAUUACGUAGAAGCAAUUAUGCAAGGGAGAUGAUCUCACUAACCAUUGUAGUGACUGUCUUUGGGUGGUUACUAUACCUCCUAUUUGCCACAGGUAGUUACUUUUUGGUAUUCGAUAAGAACAUCUUUAAUCACCCUAAGUUCUUAAAAAACCAGAUGGCAUUGGAGAUUAAAUUGGCAAUGUUCGCCAUUCCAGUGAUGUCCUUCUUGACAUCGAUCUGUUUCAUGUUUGAACUUAAUGGGUUUUCAAAGUUGUAUGCGACAGUAGAUAUCAACAAUGGUGGAAUCCGCAAGUUACUCUUCGAAUUUCCCUUGUUUAUUUUGUUCACUGACUGUGGAAUUUAUUUGGCUCAUAGAUGGUUACAUUGGCCAACAGUGUACAAAGUUUUGCAUAAGCCGCAUCAUAAGUGGUUGGUCUGCACACCAUUUGCCUCACACGCUUUCCAUCCUGUGGAUGGGUUUAUACAAUCAUUGCCUUAUCACAUUUACCCAAUGAUUAUGCCGUUGAAUAAGUACCUUUACUUAUUCUUAUUCACUUUUGUUAACUUCUGGACCAUUAUGAUCCAUGAUGGUAACCAUAUGUCGCAAAACCCAUAUGUUAAUGGUACAGCAUUCCACACUGUUCAUCACCUCUAUUUUAAUUACAAUUACGGUCAGUUCACCACACUGUGGGAUAGAUUAGGUGGAUCCUACAGAAAGCCGGAAGACUCAUUAUUCAAUCCUGAACUAAAUAAGGAUGCUAAGGCACUUGAUGAGCAAUUGAGGCGUAUCGAUGAGAUACAAAGAGUAGUUGAGGAGGAUGAAGACGAUAGAAUUUACAGCAACAUAAGCAAGAAAAAAAAUAGUAGGUAA